AUGCUACAUUCUCGUUUCAUUGGCUUCUUCCAAUUAAGCAUGGUUGCUUUCUUGUUACUUGUUGUUCUUUCAUACUCAACUUUUCUCGUUCAUGCUCAAUACAAAUUAUUUCAAACAUUUCCUGGUCUUUCGUGCAGUGGAAAAUCGAUGGUUCAAAUUUACACUAAAUCCUCUUCUUGCCAGAUCACUAAUUGUUCUACAGGUGUCAUCUCCAAUGAUGGUGAUUUCAGUGGUUCGAUUACUUGUCCAACCAACAUGCCAUUCUCACCAAAAGUUGGAGAACAAAUGAUCCUCUAUUACGAUAAUAUGAAAUGUUCAGGAAAUCCAUCGAGUGUUACUAUUAUUGCAUUGGAUACUUGCAUUCGAGCUGUUAAUAUGACUUAUGGCUCCAUCAUGUAUAAGGGUUGUAAAUCUAUGGUGACUUAUUUGGAUCGAAAUUGUCAAACUGAACAAAUGACUGUUCCUGGUGCGAAUAUUGAUUGUUUUUCUGGAGUUUCCAUUCAAUGUAGUGGUUCUGCAGAGUUCAUGAUGAGAAGAAACACUGGAAUUGUGGUUUCAAUGAUGAUUGUUAUCGUGAUGAUGAUCUCUUACUUGUAA